AUGGUUUGGCAACCCGCUGGAUAUGAUGGAAACUUACAAUAUUUUGGAAGGUCCAACGAUGAGAUUCCAGAAAAAAUAUAUGGAACUCAAAAAGUGAGUCCGACACGUUAUGAUUUUAUUAUUGUUGGAGCUGGCACUGCUGGUUGCGUAGUCGCUAAUCGAUUGACUGAAAAGUUGAAUUGGAAAGUAUUAUUGUUAGAAAAUGGCGAUGAAGAACCACUUGUUACUGAGGUACCUGAAUUACAAAGAUUCGUGUUUGAUAGUAGUAUUGAUUAUGCUUAUUCUACAAAUGAUACUAAGCUUGAAGUGUAUAGACGAGGUAAAGUUAUGGGUGGUUCCAGUUCUAUUAAUGGGCAGGUAUAUGCACGUGGGAGUAAAGCUGAUUAUGAUGAUUGGGCGAAAAGGGGAAAUAAAGGCUGGAGCUGGAAAAAUGUUUUACCUUAUUUCAAAAAGUCUGAAAAUGCAAGAACUCCCGCUAUUCUUGCUAAUUAUUCUCAAUACCAUGGGGUCGGUGGAUAUUUAACUGUUGAACAAUUUCCAAUGGAAAAUGAAAACAUAUCAACAUUUAUAAAUGCCUUCGAAGAAGCAGGACUGAAGGAAACUGACUAUAAUAAAGGCGAUCAAAUUGGUGUCGGUCGAAUGCAAUUCACGAACGUUCAUGGUUUUCGAAUAAGUUCAAAUGGUGCAUUCAUCAGACCUAUUCGAGGAAAAAGAUCGAAUUUAUUUAUUAGACCAAAUGCUCGUGUAACCAAAAUUAUUAUAGGAAAAAAAACAAAACGUGCAAUUGGAGUCGAAUAUGAGAUCAACGAUAAUGGCAAGGUAGUUAAAAAACAAGUUUUUGCUAAAAAAGAAGUUAUUGUAUCGGGUGGUUUUAUAGAAUCACCAAAAUUGUUAAUGCUAUCAGGAAUUGGACCUAAGGAAGAUUUGCAACAGUUGAAUAUAACAGUAAUAAAAGAUUUACCCGUGGGGUUGAAUUUACGCGAUCACUUCACAGUACCAAUGACAUUGGUUUCACCAUACAAUGAUUCUUCAAUUGAAAGUGACGAACAAAUAAAAAGCGAUUUGUUCGAGUGGUUCAACACACACGAGGGUCUUCUAUCCUCCAAAGGCUUUUUAACUAUUGAAGCGUAUUAUCAAACAAAGUAUGAAAAUAAGUCAGGAGCUGCCGAUAUCCAGUAUGAGUUGAGAGGCGGAAAAAUAGGCAAACCUCUCGGGAACGUAACAAUUUAUACAGUUCUGGUAGCACCUAGGACAAAUGGUUCAAUUACGCUGAAUAAAGUUGACCCAAUAAGAACGCAGCCUGAUAUUCGAAUGAAUUACCUUGCUGAUGAACGGGAUGUAGAAGUAUUGAUCGAAGGCUUGAAAUUUACUAAGAAGCUUGCUAAUACUACAACUUUGAAAAACCUAGGUUUCAAAUUAUCUACUGAACGAGUAUCUGGUUGUAAAAAUUUUGAGUUUGAGAGUGAUGAUUAUUUGAGAUGUUUCGUUAAGAGAGAAGUAUUACACUGGGGCCAUGGAACGGGAACCUGUAAAAUGGGACCGAGAAGCGAUUCUACUACAGUGGUUGAUCCACAGUUAAGAGUUCAUGGUAUUAAAGGAUUGAGAGUUAUUGAUGCAUCGAUCAUGCCCCAAGUUCCUAGAGCCAACACAAUGGCUCCAACAAUUAUGAUUGGCGAAAAAGGUAGUGAUAUGAUUAAAAGCUAUUGGCUGUGAUCAAAUAGUUGAAGUAUAUGAUCUUUCGAAAUAGAUAAAUAAUAAUUGUUAUCCGUCUGGUUUGAAUUAUC